AUGGCGACUUCUGGUGAUUCUAAAGGAAAGAAAUAUGCCACACUCAAAGAAGACAUACAUGCUGAAAGGAGAAAUAGAUACCAGACGUUUCCUCCUUCGGAUUCGAUUGAAGAAACAAACCGCCCACAAUCGGACAAUGAUUUGCAAACUGAAGACACUAAAGAACCCAAACCUCUAUUACACAUUGCUGGAGAUUUUUCGAUAAGUGAACGAAGGUCUUCUCAAGAUGUUGGCAUGGAUUGGCAGUUGACAUCAACAUCCGACUUAUCAGUAAACAAUUCAGAAAAUUUGGAAGAGUAUGAACAGUUUGCUGGUUUGGAUCAAAAGGUUAUACUUCAGGCUGUUGUUUUUAUAGAAGAUGCAUACAAGUACCGCUCUAUUAGCCAUAAGGUUGAUACAGAUGUAUUAAGAUAUUAUCGACUCUAUUUAUCUUCUUUAGUCAAUGUAUUGCGUAUGACCGUAAUAUUUGUAUUGCAUAUGCUGGCUUUUUUUGAGUUUCCAUCCUCAUUGACAUGGACAUCUGAUAUACGUUACCGUGGUGACAGAAUAUUUGUGGCCUGUGGUAUCACCCAAAGUAUAGAGUUAAUAUGUCUGUUAUUAUUAUUAGCUGAUACUAUUAUUAUGGGUUAUUUUAUGGGCUGGGAUUACUUGAAACAUCAUAAAUGGUUGUUAGCAUCAUUGUUUAUUAUUGGGUUCUCCUUGAUAGACUGGACUGUAUCUGUUUCUUUAGGUUGCCAUGAGUACAUUAGGUUUCGUAGAAUAGUAAGACCUUUCUUUAUACUUCAAAAUUCAUCGUUAAUGAAGAAAACAAUCCACUGUUUAAAAAGAACUUUACCAGAGGUUGCCAGUGUUUUAUUGUUGCUUGCAUUACAUCUGUAUAUAUUUACAUUGUUUGGUAUGCUGUUAUUCCCCAAACCUAUUAGAGAUAUUCAUGGCAAUAUAACUGAUACAGUUAAUUCUAUUAAUGAUGAUGUUAAUACAACCAAUGACUCUGUUAUAGAUAGUACAGAAGGUCAACAAUAUUUUAAAACGUUAUUACAUUCUUUUAUGAGUUUAUUAGUUUUAUUGACCACAGCAAAUAAUCCUGAUGUUAUGAUGCCAGCAUACAGUGAAAAUCGUUUUUAUGCGGUGUUUUUUCUAGUAUUUUUAUGUAUUGGUUUAUAUUGUUUUAUGAAUAUGUUAACUGCUGUUAUUUAUAAUAGGUUUAGAGGCUAUUUUUUAAAUUCCAUGCAGAGUAGUUAUUUUAGAAGGAAGCUUGGUGUAAGAGCAGCAUUUGAAGUUUUAAGAAGAAAAAAAUCAGCUUUCAGACACAGUUCCAGUUUAUCCACUGUGAGGCAAGUAUCAACUAUAAAGUAUCAAGAUAUUAAUGUUGGUGUAGGUCAUUUAGUAGUAAGAGAACUUAUAGAACAAGUUCACGUUUCAGCUAAUGUUAAAACAGCACUUAAAGAGGCUUUUAAGCAGAAACCAUCAGCAGUAUAUUCCUCAACAGAUUUUCAAAAUUUAUUUGAAGAAUUAAACCAAGAAGAGCUUGUCCGUGAAAAACCAGACGUACGAUGGUUUGAAAAUCCUAGACUUGUGAUGAUACAGAAAGUUUUUACACAUAGAUUCUUUUCUUAUUUUGGAAGUUUUAUUGCCUUUUUAAAUGUUUUUCUUAUAUCUAUGCAGUUACAGAUGCAAUAUGAUAAAUCAUUGACAGCUAGUGAUUCUUCUCUUGGGGUGAUAAAUUUUAUAUUUAUAAUAUAUUAUGUGAUUGAACAAAGUGUUAAGUUAUGGGCUAUGGGAUGGAAAAGGUUUGUCUAUGAUAGAGGCAACAUAUUUGAUGCUGUGAUAACUAUAGCUUUGGCAAUAGGAGAAACAGUCAAUGCUAUAGAAAAUGGGGUACCUAUUUAUGGAAUUGGUGUACAUGAUACGUUAAUGUUAUGGAAUAUUAUAAGAAUUAUUAAUAUAUUGAUUAUGGUUAGAUUAUUACGAAUCAUACCUCAUAUACCAGCUAUGUCAAUAGUUGCUAGUACAAUAUUUGAUUUAGUAAAAAAUAUGAAAGCUUUUUUUGGAAUCUUAGUUGUGUUUUAUUAUUCGUUUGCUAUAGUUGGUAUGGAAUUAUUUCAUGAUGUUAUUAUUUAUCAGGGCAAUCAGACAAAUGGAUCUGAAAUUGUGUAUGAAUGUGGAACAUACCAACAAUUAAACUACUGGGCCAAUAAUUUUGACGAUUUCGCUGCGUCAUUGGUAGUAUUAUGGGAUAUAAUGGUGGUAAAUAAUUGGCAUGUAUUUUUAGAAGCCUACUCCAAAGCUACAAGCUCGUGGGCAUAUAUAUUUUUUAUUAUAUGGUGGUUAUUGUCAGUUGUUAUUGUUUUAAAUCUUUUCACAGCAUUAAUUUUAGAGAAUUUUAUUAUAAAAUGGGAUAAGAAUUCAUUAGCUUCCAGAAAUAGAAGUAACACAGAGGAUUUAGAAGAAGCCAAUCAUCUCUUAUCUUUACAUCAAAUGUUCAGGGAUAGUUUACAAGAACCAUCAGAGAAUGAAUUACUAGUAGAAUUAAAUAGUCAUCAUUAUCUACAUUUAGAUAAUUAG